GUUGCCUAGAUACGUGUGUUUGGCUCCCGAAGCCAGCAGCCUUUUCAACACACAUCCGAAGCUGCAAGUUGUAUCACGAUGGCAGAAGACACGCAAGAAUUCCCUCAGCUCGCAUUAGAGGCUGUUAUUGGUUUUAAUGGGCAUGUGUUUUCUGGACUCAAAGUGCAUCCAGACAGAGAACAUAUAAUUUAUUCUCUUGGCUGCACUGUUAUUAUUAAGAGUCUGAGAGGUGGAAAACAGGAUUUCCUUCAUGGCCACACAAACAACGUCUCUUGCAUUUCUGUGUCUAAAAGUGGGCGCUAUAUUGCAUCUGGACAGGUCACUUUCAUGGGCUUUAAGGCUGAUGUUAUUAUCUGGGACUAUGAGAAGAAGGAGAUGUAUGCUCGUCUUGUGCUCCAUAAAGCUAAAGUUGAAGAUCUUAGCUUCUCCCCUAAUGACAAGUAUCUGGUAUCUCUAGGUGGACAGGAUGAUGCCAGUAUCGUGGUGUGGAACAUCGAGAGUAAGAAGGCUAUAUGUGGCAGUCCUGCUUCAGCACAGAGUGCUGGUCACUGCUUCGCCAUAGAGUUCACCAACCUGAACGAUGAAAUCUUUGUCUCUGCUGGAAGUGGAACUCUACGUGUGUGGGAGCUGGAUUUACCCAACAGAAAGAUCCGGCCCACAGAAUGUCAGACUGGACAGCUUAAGAGAAUUGUCAAAUGCCUUGAGAUCCCAAAUGAUGAUAAUUAUUUCUACUGUGGAACUACAAGUGGGGAUAUUCUGAAAGUGAACCUGAAGACUAGGUUGCUCAACAGCUGUGGACCUGUUAAAGAAAAGUUCAGCAAGGGAGUGAACACUCUUAAAGUCUUGAAGACCGGUGAUAUUUUAGUUGGAUCAGGAGAUGGGAUGUUGACUUUGUGCUCAGGAGGGAAUUUCAAAACCAUAAAGAGUGUUCAGUUGGAGGGUGGGGUGACAUCGGUGGCCCUGCGUGGAGACGGGCAUCAGUUCUUCGUCGGGACAGAGACAGCACAGAUCUACAGUUUAAGCUACGCUGACUUCAAACCAGAGCUCAUUGCUACAAAUCAUAACAGUUCUGUAAAGGAUGUGGCCUUUCCUUUUGGGACGUCAGAGCUCUUUGCAACCUGUUCACAGAAUGAUAUAAGAGUGUGGCAUGCUGAGUCCUCCAAGGAACUACUGCGUAUCAUAGUGCCCAACAUAACGUGCAACGCUCUGGGCUUUAUGCAAGAUGGCCGGAGCAUCUUCAGUGCUUGGAACGAUGGGAAGAUUCGUGUGUUCACUCCAGAGACCGGGAAGCUGAGGCUGAUAAUUCAUAAUGCCCACAGUAUGGGAGUAACUGCCAUAGCAUCAACCAAUGACUGCAAGUGGAUUGUCAGUGGAGGGGGAGAAGGACAGGUGCGAGUCUGGGAGAUAUCCCAGAAAUCCUAUCGACUCAUUGAGACCAUGAAGGAGCACAAAGCCACAGUUAACUGUAUUAAGAUCAAGAGUAAUGACAAGGAAUGUGUGACGGCCAGCUCUGAUGGAGCCUGCAUCAUCUGGGACCUGGUGAGGUUCGUCAGGAAUCAAAUGGUCUUGUCCAACACCCUGUUCAGUGUUGUAUGUUACCACCCUGAGGAAUACCAGAUCAUCACCAGUGGCACUGACAGAAAGAUUGGCUACUGGGAGGUGUAUGAUGGUUCUGCAAUCCGAGAACUUGAGGGCUCCUUGUCCGGAGCUAUAAAUGGCAUGCACAUUUCUGAGGAGGGAAAAUAUUUUGUGACUGGUGGAGAUGACAAACUACUGAAGCUCUGGCUCUAUUCUGAUGGCGAAGUGACCCACGUUGGCAUCGGGCACAGUGGAAGCAUCACAAAUGUGAGGAUCUGUCCCAACAGCAGAUAUAUCGUCAGCACCAGUGCCGAUGGAGCUAUCCUAAGGUGGAGAUACCCACAACUCUCAUAGAACCCUAAACAGUCAAUAAGAUCAUCUAAUGCUGUUCAGAUAUGGUGAUUAUUAGAGAAAUAUACAUUUGCCUUGCACAUAUUAUAAAGAUUUAAAACCCAACAGAAUAGAUAUUAAAUUUGCUGUGAUGUUUUUUAAGAGCAAAUGCAGGCCCUUUGGAUUUCAGUUACUAUAUUUAAACAUAUUACAAAUUAAUUUGUCACCAUAAUCUGCAAGAAAACAUUAUUGUAUAAUAAAGUAUUUUAAUGUCGUAGAACCGAAAAGACAAAUGGUACCUUCCACUCCUUUUUCUUGCAAAUAAUUGUAGAACAAAUUAGGUUAUGAAUUCGAAUGAGAUUUAAAGGUACCAUUAAACAGUCCAACUCCAGUCAUUUCAUUGAAAUAAAGCAGCUUAGAGCCCCA